CCGGGGCUGGCCAUCGCGGGCGCGGCGGGACCCCGCGGGCUGCCCGACGCCGCCAGCCGGGGCUCGGCCGCACCUGAGCCCCCGACUCGUGCCAAGUCGGGACCGGAAGAAACGGCGGGAGCGACUCGCCCCGCGAGCAGCCGCGGCGGGCCGGGAGGGAGCGGAGCCGCCCAGGGGGGCCGCCACGUGCCGCCCCACUCCGCCGGGGGCGCCCCCCGGACGCACCCCGAGCACCCCGCGCACCCAGCGCCCGCUCGCAGGCAGCGCGCCGACGUCUCCUAAACUUCUGGCCGAGCUGGAACUUGGCCGCCAGACCGCCCCCGGGCGCCGCCUGGACACCCCGCGCCCACCUUGCACCUGGCGCCGUCGGCAGGGGGACAGCCGGGACCCUCGGGAGCUCGGUGGCCCGCGUGCGCAGAGGGGCUCGGGGGUCUCCUCCGGGAGCGGCGGAGCAGCGGAGGGCGCGACCCCUGGGGCUGGCGGCGCAGUGAUGCCAACAUGAUGUUUCACUCACGUCCAGUGUGGAGCUGGCAUUGGAAAUGGAAGCCAAGUUCUCUUCUCUUCCUUCUGGCUUUAUGUAUUGUAUCUGGUCCUCACUCAGUGUUGGGAUGCGCCAACUGCAGGGUUGUCCUAUCCAGCCCUUCUGGAACCUUCACUUCUCCGUGCUACCCCAACGACUAUCCUAACAGCCAGGCCUGCAUGUGGACCCUCCGAGCACCCACCGGCUAUAUCAUUCAGAUAACCUUCAAUGACUUUGACAUCGAAGAAGCUCCCAAUUGCAUUUAUGACUCUUUAUCCCUUGAUAAUGGAGAAAGCCAGACCAAAUUUUGUGGGGCAACUGCCAAAGGCCUGUCCUUCAACUCAAGUGCAAAUGAGAUGCAUGUGUCCUUUUCAAGUGACUUUAGCAUCCCAAAGAAAGGUUUCAAUGCCAGCUACAUCAGAGUUGCUGUGUCCUUAAGGAAUCAGAAGGUCAUUUUACCCCAGACACUAGAUGCUUACCAGGUAUCUGUGGCGAAAAGUGUCUCUAUUCCAGAACUCAGUGCUUUCACACUCUGCUUCGAAGCAACCAAGGUUGGCAAAGAUGACAAUGAAUGGACAGCUUUCUCCUACUCCGAUGCAUCCCUCACACCGUUACUCAGUUUUGGAAAGGACAAGAGUGGCUACUUUCUAUUUAUUUCUGGCUCCAAGUGCUUACUAAACAGUGUUUUACCUGUAAAGGAUAAAGAAGACAUUUUUACAGAAAGCUUUGAGCAACUCUGCCUGGUUUGGAAUAAUUCUUUGGGUUCUGUUGGUGUGAAUUUCAAAAGAACCUAUGAAGCAUUUCCAUGUGAUUCUACCAUUAGUAAAGUUAUUCCUGGGAAUGGGAAAUUGUUGUUGGGCUCCAAUCAAAAUGAAAUUGCCUCUCUAAAAGGGGACAUUUAUAACUUUCGACUUUGGAAUUCCACCAUGAAUUCCAAAAUCCUCUCCAACCUCAGCUGUAAUGUGAAAGGGAAUGUGGUUGACUGGCAAAAUGAAUUUUGGAAUAUACCAACUCUAGCUCUCAAAGCUGAAAGCAACUUAAGCUGUGGUUCCUACCUGAUUCCACUCCCGGCAGCAGAACUUGCCAGCUGUGCAGAUUUGGGGACCCUUUGUCAAGAUGGAAUUUUAUACAGAAUUUCUGUAGUGAUUCAAAACCUGCUUCGUCACCCUGAGGUAAAAGUACAGAGCAAAGUGGCAGAAUGGCUCAAUUCAACGUUUCAAAAUUGGAACUACACUGUGUAUGUGGUUAAUAUCAGCUUUCACCUAAACACUGGAGAGGACAAAAUUAAAGUCAAGAGAAGCAUUGUGGAUGAUCAAAGGUUGAUGAUUUGGGCUCUCCUAGUAUACAAUGCUACCAGCAACCCCACUUUAGAAGGGAAUAUCAUUCAGCAGAAGCUCUUAAAAAGUAAUGAGUCCCUGGAUGAGGGUUUGCGGCUAUAUACAGUGAAUGUGAGGCCACUGGCAGCUUUCUGUCCUGAAGAGGAAAACCCCCCUGGCUAUCUCUGGCCAAUGAUCCCACCUUCUCUAUACCUACAAGAGUGCAAACAGAAGAAUGGCUUUUUUGCUUCACGGACAUGUCACCUAAAUUCUGCCAAUGCAUCUAUAGCCUUCUGGGACCCUCCUGAUCUCUCCAAUUGUUCAAGGGAAGCAAAUGAAGUUGCCAAUGAGAUUUUAAACUUAACCAGUGAUGGACAGACCUUAAACUCAGCCAAUAUUAGCAGUAUUGUCGAGCAGGUCAAAAGAAUUGUGAAUAAAGAAGAAAAUAUUGACAUAACACUUGGCUCAACAUUAAUGACUAUAUUUUCUAAUAUAUUAACCAGUUCAGACAGUGACUUGCUUGAUUCCUCUUCUGAGGCUUUGAAAACAAUUGAUGAAUUAGCCUUCAAGAUAGACCUAAACAGUACAUCACAUGUGAACAUCACAACUCGUAAUUUGGCUCUUGGAGUGUCAUCCCUGUCCCCAAAGACAAAUGAAAUUUCAAAUUUUAGCAUUGGUCUUCCAAGCAACAAUGACUCAUAUUUUCAGAUGGAUUUUGAAAAUGGACAAAUGGACUCUCUGGCUUCUGUAAUUUUGCCUCCAAACUUACUUGAUCAUUUAAGUCAAGAAGAUUCUGAAUUAGUUAAAAGAGCACAGUUUACUUUCUUCAAUAAAACUGGACUUUUCCAGGAUGUAGGGACCAAGCAAGGCUCUUUAGUGAGUUACGUGAUGGCAUGCAGUAUUGGGAACAUUACCAUCCAGGAUCUGAAGGAUCCCGUUCAGAUUAAAAUAAAACAUAUGAGAACUCAGCCAGUGCCUCAUUCCAUCUGUGCCUUCUGGGAUCUGAACAAAAACGAAGGUUCUGGAUUUUGGAAUACUUCUGGAUGUGUUGCACAGAGAGACUUGGAAGCACCUGAAACCAUUUGCUUGUGUAACCACCUCACACACUUUGGAGUUCUGAUGGAUCUUCAAGGAACUGCCUCACAGAUCGAUGCAAGAAACACUAAAGUUCUCACCUUCAUCACUUAUAUCGGGUGUGGAAUAUCUGCUAUUUUUUCAGCAGCAACUCUACUGACAUAUGUUGCUUUUGAAAAAUUGCGAAGGGACUAUCCCUCCAAAAUCCUGAUGAACCUCUGUACAGCCUUGCUUUUCUUGAAUCUCAUCUUCCUCUUGGAUGGCUGGAUCACCUCGUUUGAGGUGGUCGGCCUUUGCACCGCCGUCGCGGCCCUUCUUCACUUCUUCCUGCUCGCCACCUUCACCUGGAUGGGGCUAGAAGCCAUUCACAUGUACAUCGCUCUGGUUAAAGUAUUUAACACCUACAUUCGAAGAUAUAUACUGAAGUUCUGCCUCAUUGGCUGGGGUUUGCCUGCUUUGGUUGUAUCAAUUGUUCUUGCCAGCAGAAAUCAAAAUGAAGUCUAUGGAAGAAGAAGUUAUGGAAAAGAGCAAAGCGAUGAAUUCUGUUGGAUUCAGGACCCAGUUGUAUUUUACGUGACCUGUGCGGGAUAUUUCGGAGUCAUGUUUUUCCUCAACGUGGCCAUGUUCAUUGUGGUGAUGGUGCAGAUCUGCGGAAGGAACGGCAAGAGGAGCAACAGGACCCUACGGGAAGAGGUUUUAAGGAACUUGCGCAGUGUGGUCAGCCUGACGUUUCUUUUGGGCAUGACAUGGGGCUUUGCUUUUUUUGCCUGGGGACCCUUAAAUAUCCCUUUUAUAUAUCUUUUUGCCAUCUUCAAUUCAUUACAAGGCAUGUUUAUAUUUGUCUUCCACUGUGCGAUGAAGGAGAACGUACAGAAACAGUGGCGACGGCAUCUUUGUUGUGGUCGAUUUCGUUUAGCAGACAACUCAGACUGGAGUAAGACUGCUACCAAUAUCAUCAAGAAAAGUUCUGAUAAUCUUGGGAAGUCUUUGUCCUCAAGCUCCAUUGGUUCCAACUCAACCUACCUUACAUCUAAAUCAAAAUCCAGCUCUACUACCUACUUCAAAAGGAAUAGCCACACUGACAGUGCUUCCAUGGACAAGUCCUCUUCAAAACUGACCCGUGCUGAUGGAGAACAAACAUCAAUCAUCCCGGUCCAUCAGGUCAUUGAUAAGGUUAAGGGUUAUUGCAGUGCUCAUUCAGAUAACUUCUAUAAAAAUAUUAUCAUGUCAGACACCUUCAGCCACAGCACAAAGUUUUAAUGUCUUUAAUACAAGAAAGAAGAAUUAGAAAUGUGAAGAUCUUCAAGAAGCGAAAACUAUGAGAAGUAGAUGUUGUAACCUAGAAAACUUCAUAUAUGUUCUUUUUUCUUAAGGAGACUUUGUAAAAUUCAAAAAUCUGUUUUCAGUGUAUUUCUUCCAUGAAAGUUUCCACCUUCAGUGAAACUUCAUUGAUGAGAGCAUCUUGGCUUAAUAGCCACAGGGUAGACUUAUUUUAAAAAAUAUGUAAUUGAAUUGAAGUAGUCAGAAUGUGGGGAGACAUUAAAAUUAGGGGACAAGGGAAGAGCAGAGCUAAGGAUAUACCCUUCUUUAAAGCUCAAUUACCUCCUAUCUAGUAGGUAUGGAUGUGGCCACUUGCUACAUAAUUUUUGCCAACACUCAAAAGCAUACUAAUAUGCAUAGCUAUUUUAUAUGUACAUCUAUUUUUAUUUUAUUGCUAGUUUAUAUGAAUACAGAAAAUUUUGUUUCUCCUUUCAGUGAAAUUUCAACUGCAGAUACAAAAUAACGUUCAAUCUUUUACCCAAAGAGCAGAAAGGGUUUUUUUUUAUUAUACUAAAUGUUUGGCCUUCAAGACCAGGUGAAUUUCUAGUAUUUAACUUAUCUUAUUUAAGACACAAAACUUAGCUAAACAUCAUAAUUAAUUAAAAUGUGUUCUCGUAUAUUAUUUAUUAUUAUAGGUUCAGGUGUAGUGCUUCAAUCUAGUGGGAACCUUCCAGUAGUUGUUCAGAAAGAGUACAUCUCUUGGCAGGCCGGGUAUGUGGUUUUGAAUAGACCAUAUACUUCACAUAUGUAAGGCCCUAUGUUCAACCUCUUGCAUGGCCACCCACAAGAAAAGAAUCACUUCCAACUUCCAUUUCUUCUUCUCUGCUACAUAAGAAGCUCAUGGGCUCAUGGAAGGAUGAGGAUUUCCAGGAGGUAUGCUUGCAUGCCGUGGUUACUCCACUUUAGCAAAUAAAGCCAUUGAGAUUUGAUGGUUCUAUCUGUGCUCCAAAGAAUCUGAAAUUUCCAGCUUCCCAAAUGAAAACGCCUCCUACUCUCCCUUUCAAGUUUUGUUCCAGGGAAUAUAAACUGACACAUAUGGAUAGCUUAUCAUAAUCAACGUAAUGUGCAAUCACAGAAAUAUACAAUCGCCAGUCUAAAAACAAUUUGUAUAUGAAAUCCUCUGAUUAUAAGAGCCAGAGGAGUUCAGGCAAGAUAGAUUGUGUGUUACUUAAGAAUGACAUGGUUACAUGGAAGCCAUACAUAGCAUUCAGCACCUUACCUAACUUUCAAACUCUCGAGAGUCAGAUGCUUGCUAGUGAAAGUUAGCAGACCACAUUUUAAUCAUUCUUACAUGAUGGAGUCAUGUUCAGUUUAGUCUCCGUUUAUGCUGUACCUUGACAUUUGCUCUGAGUUAUGUGGGAAGAAUCAAGCUCUGGGAGGUAUAGCAAAAGUGAUGAGAAAAUUUCCAGAAUGUCUAUUAAAGGCAGAAACCAGAAUUGAGACCCGGGAGUAUUUUCUUUGCCUCAAAAGGCAGAGAUCUAUCCUAGGCUCUCUCCUGAGAGACAGAAGAGAUUUUAGUCUCUGGAUAAAUCAAAAGUUUCUCAUUCUCGGCCUGAUCUUCAAUGGUCAACUCUACCAGACUCAAAAGAUGGCGUGAUAAAGUGGGGCUGAGAUUUUCUAUCAUUUCAUUUGGCAGCAGCCUGGAAUCCCAUCAUGGAGACAUGAGCAUUGCUCAGUUUAACCUUCAUAGGAAUGGGGUAUGGAAAAGUUGGGUAGCAAAUUUUAGGUUCACUAAGGUUUAUUAUAGUAGAGCCAAAUCCUUUUCUAUAGGCACAUUAUUAACUGGGUGCUGUUCUGCCAGGGGUUAUAUAUGAGUGAAAAUUAAUCCUACAUAUUUACUGGAUCUUCAUAUACUUUUCCCCAAAACUGUAGAGAUUCAUGACGGGAUUUAAUUAGCUUGAUACUGUGAGAUUUUUUUCCACCGUGUUUACUUAUUUAAUAGCAAUUAAAAUGUAGCUUUCAAGUGAGUUUUGAUUUCUACUCAUGUUAAUACAGAUCUGGGAAAACAUAUUUUUUUAUUUCAAUAGUUGAAAACAGAAUCACCUACACUUUCAAAAUUUUAGUAAUUGGUUAAACCUAAGUAAUCAUUGCAUGGAAACAUUUUCAAAUGGAUUUCAAAGACUAAGCCAUAUUCUCCUUUCAGUUCUAAGCAUGUAGUUCUCACCCUCAUUUUGGCCCUCAGUACAAAGCUGCGGGAAUUUAGCUGGGUAUCCAGAGGCUAAUUUAGCUAAACUUAAAUUAAUAAUGGUAUAAAUUUAGAUUUUAUGCUCCCCUUAAAGAUGGCAUCGUGUUGGUAUAGGAUCUUGGGAUAUUUUCCAUUAUUUUCAUCAUUACAUUUUAUAGGUUUUCCCAUUAUUGCCAUAAAAUCUUUUGUACAUAUUUAUUUAUUUGUGUUUAUACAUGUGAGCUUGUUGCAUUUCUUAAACUUUAUAUUGCCUGACUUUAUUUUUAGUUAACUUUCUGUUGGAGAGGUUGUAUAUAUAUUUUGGGAAUACUUUGUGAAAUUGUUUUCUGUAGCAAAUUCUUUGACUGUGUUGAACACAAGUGACUGUGAGUGCAAAUUAGGAGCUGUAGUAAGAAACUAUGAGAGCUGAUUUGCCAUUUUACUCAAAAGGAAAGUGUUUUUCAAAUAAAUACUUAUAUUGUU